AUGGCGGUCGACCUGGCGCCCGCCCCGGCGCCCGCCCCGGCGGCUGUUGAGGUGAAGGCGGUUGAGGAGGAGGAGGAGGAGGUGGAGGGAGGAGGGUGCGGCGGAGGGGCCGUGGUGGUGGUCGCGGCGGACGCGGAGGCGGAGGGGCAUCCCUACGACUUCCACGUGUCCGGGCCGCGCAACCUGCCGCCGCCCAACUGGAGGGAGAUCAUCAGAUCGAACUGGAAGGAUCCAAGUUACAAAAGGAUGGUAAUGGCCUGCUUCAUUCAAGCAGUCUACCUGCUUGAACUGGAUAGGCAAGACCUGAAAGGUGAAGAGGAAAGCCUUGCUCCAAAAUGGUGGAAGCCCUUCAAGUACAAGGUCACACAGAUAUUGGUGGAUGAGAGAGAUGGUUCCAUAUAUGGCGCCGUGCUUGAGUGGGAUCGUUCUUCUGCUUUGUCUGACUUCAUUCUCAUAAGACCAAGCGGCACACCGAGGGCUGUGUUAGCUCUCAGAGGAACACUGCUGCAGAAGCCAACCAUGAAGAGAGACCUACAGGAUGAUCUUCGUUUCUUGGUAUGGGAGAGCCUAAAAGGUUCAGUGAGAUUCAUUGGUGCUUUAGAAGCGCUGAAGGCAGCGGUUGAGAGAUUUGGGAGUGCCAAUGUUUGUGUUGCUGGGCACUCCCUGGGAGCUGGCUUUGCCUUUCAAGUCUGCAAAGAGCUUGCCAAGCAAGGAGUCUUUGUGGAGUGUCAUCUGUUCAAUCCACCUUCUGUUUCACUGGCCAUGGGUGUAAGAAGCAUGAGUGAGAAGGCCAGCUACUUGUGGAAGAAAGUCAAAGCAAGUCUGCUAUUGAAGGAAGAAUCAACGACAACACUUGAGAGUGCCAAGGAGGAAGCGAAUGACAAGAAGAGACUGCACACCGAGAAGAAAUGGGUGCCACAUUUAUAUGUAAACAACAGUGAUUAUAUCUGCUGCAAUUACAACGCUCCUUCUUGCUCUUCCACAUCAGCCGAUGGUAUUCCUGAUGAACAGCAGCAACAACGCAAGGCAAGUGAGAUCGCCGGUGAUGUGGUUGCAAAGCUCUUUGUGACAUCAAAAGGCCCACAGAAGUUUCUUGAGGCGCAUGGGCUGCAGCAAUGGUGGUCGGAUGGCAUGGAGCUGCAGCUGGCCCUCUAUGACAGCAAGCUCAUAAACAGGCAGCUGAAGUCCAUCUACCCAACAACGGCAGUGUCAUCUCCUGCAAAGUCGUAGAAGACUUUCUAAUCAGUUUGUCAAAAAGGGUCGUUAGAAAUGCUCUUUCUAAUCAGUUUGUGCCUCUGUUAACUUGAGAAUGUUUCAUUAUGGCUGUGACCAUAUCAUAUAGUCUAAUAAUUUGUUUAAAGGAAUCUGUAAG